UGGCGUAAACAAUUUAAUUGUUUAUAAUGGCUACCUGGACUCAAAAUGGUCCAACAGGUGUCAGCAAACGUCGUCGCUGGAACCUAGAAGAUCGUGAGUCUUUAAACAAACUAAAGCAUCACAUUGCCGAGGAGGGCUGUCCACAGGUGCAAUACGAUUUGGCAAAGCAGCUGUUAGAGAACGCGAUUGAACCAAAUGUGGCCAACACGAAUCAGCAGGCUGUGCAUUGGCUUGUUAGUGCCGCCCACCAAGGCCACGAGGAUGCGGCGAAGCUGUUGCGUAAAUGCUACAAAGAUGGGAGCGGCAUUACACCGGAGAAUGCAGACGAAGUGCGUCGCUGUCUGGCCAUGACACCGGGCGAACGUGCCGCACGCAAAGCAGCUAGAGAGCUUUUUGCCUGCCUCUCGAAUGGCAGUGAGCACAUCACACCUAAACAGUUAGAGCGCAAGAUGCGACGCAUAUAUAAUUUGCAACGCAAGCGGCGUCGUCGCGGCGCCGACGACGGUGCUGGUGGCGACGAUGGCUCCUCGUCAAGCGAUUGUGAGCAUGAACAUGAGCCACUGGAGGACGCGGCUACAAUUCUACGUGGUAGUAGUGUAGAGCGUCGGCGUUUUAUCACUGAGGCGCAUCUUGUCUCAGCCGCUUCGAAUUACAGCGCUGGUCGCAUGCCGGCCGUCAAUGAGACGUUGACACUGUCAGUGCCGCAUCCACAGAGCCUGGAUCAUGUGCCUUGUUUUUACCGCAUGAUAUUUCAUCCGAUCAUUUUCUUCACACUACUUUACCACCGAUUUGUGAAUCUAGUAUGCAUGCUGCCCACCAUGUUGCCAUUAAGCGUGCGCUGCUGCCUGCUGGUGUUGCUCUCUUGGUGGACAAUGCUUGGCGAUGGAAGCAAUAGAAGCGUUCUUCCAAUCAUAAGCUAUUAUUUGAGUCUCAGUGUUAUGAUGUGGGCCACAUGCAAAAUGCUGAAAACGAAACAACAGUUUGUGGACUUCCGCAUCUGGUCCGGUUUGUUUCUGAGCUAUGGUGACAAUAACAUCGAGGCAGACAUUUCCGAGCACCGAUUUCUACGUAACAACAUGAAGCCGUAUCUGUAUUACUUCUGCGCGUUCAUUUGCAAUCUGGUCGUUUAUCCAUUGGUAACAGAUGUCUGGCUACCGCAUUCAGAACUCACCAUAAUAUCGGGCGCCUUCACUUUUGUCUCCAUGGGAGCUUUUAUGUACGCCUCAUCGCAUUUCCUGCCCGACUGGUUGGUCAUCGUUUCGUUUGCCGUCAACGUCCUGGCCAAAUAUCCGUACGAAAUGGACGAAGUAGUUAGCACGCGUUGGCGCUUUCUAGAUCUACGCGUACCCACCUUCUCAUCAUUUGUCAUUGGCAAUGGCAUCGAGUUUUGUCUGAACUGCCGCACUGCCCUUUAUCUACUGAUCCCCGUACUGCUCGUUCUGUUGGCCAAGCGUUGCAAUUGGCACGGCGUCUAUACCUACUUGAUACCUCAUUGCGUCACCCUGAGUUGGCUGCAGGUGUGUAUUGUCACCUCGCAAAGUGCCACAAUGUUCGGAGCAAUGCGCGCUGCUCUAGGGCUGGCUGGCAUUGUGCUCUUCCUGCCGCUCUUUGGCAUUGUGGCGCUGCUGGUACCUGUCUUUGUGGCGAUAGACAAUUUGGGAUUAGCCAGCGAACACGUGCGCUGGGGUAGCACGGCCGUUGUUUGCGCGGUGGUUGUGGUGCUUUCCUGUGUCCUCGCUCUUAAUCGUGCUACCCAAAAAUACAUGACCAUGUUGCAGAUGCUCAUCGGUCUGACUACUGUCUGUGUGCUGGUCUUUCCCUACAUGACGUCCAAUUUCAAGGACUCACCCCGCUUCAAUGCCGUCCCGACGCUUUCGUCGAGCAGCCGCGCCUCCAAUCUCAUGCCGGAAACUCUGCAAUGGGAUCGGUUCUACGCCCUCUGCGCCCAACCCAUUCAGGAACAACCAAACAAAAUAAAAACCCAGUUGCGCUGCUCCCAUCUCAAUGGCAUGUACAUCGCCUGGGAAGGCACAGUAGAUCAUGUACAGAUAGCUCGCGUCUCCAACAUGCUGGAGGAUGUGAUAGCCAACUAUUUGCCAGUGUGGCUGGGCAAACUAGUGCGUUGCGUACAUGGUGAAACCAUUGCCCAAGAGCUGCAAUGCGAUGCCACGAAAGAUGCGUAUUGCGAGGAAUGGCAGCGCAUCGUCAAGAACCUAGGCGCACAUACAGGACGCUGCACAUUGCAGCGCUGGAAUCGCUACGAAUACGAAAUUGUAGCCAAGAUUGCCGCCGGCAAUGGUUUGCUCAAACGUUCUACGAUAGUCGUGCUGCGUGCUCAUCACGAUUUUGGCAACUUCACACGACAACUCCACAGUGGCGAUAGGGUUCUUUUUUACGGCACGCUAUAUAACUCUCGGCUGUUACCAAACAAGGUACGCGAGCAUUAUGUGCUGGGUUCCAGCGCUCCACCACAAGUAGAGCUGAAGACAAUCGAGUGCCUGGACUGUCAGUCACAAGAACUGACAACCGUGAGCAUUGAACGAGCACUGAGCUCAUCCGUGGACGCACGCGUGCAGGAUCUAAUGCGUGGCAUUAAGUACUUGCUCAAUGCUCUAUUAAAUCCGCUUAUCACAUUUAAGUAAAGUGGUUGCCCCACUGAAUGAAUGCUAUUAAGACACUUUUGAAAUAGUUGUAGAAAUAAAUGUUAUUGUAAUUGUUGGAAUUACUUAAAAUUUAGACGGUGUUACUUUUUUACAUGCUGGUUACAGGGACUGCCGUUUCAUGUCGCUCAAGAAUACAUUUUCUAUAUGUUUUAACAAUUAAACUAUCUUUGGA